UGGGAGCCUCAGUUUCAUGUAUUCAAAUUUUGAAGACUGCUCUGACUGGAUGGAUAUUUUAAUCCCUAAAUCCGUAACAUGAUUGGUCGAGAAAAUGUUACUAUGGGUAGGGUGCACCGGGAAAUUGGUCAUGAUUGAGGGGAGUAGACAUAGUGAUUUCAAAAGCUAAAAGUGUGACUUUUGAGUGAAGCGUUUUAGAGUGAUAUAAAGUGAUUUAUUCUGAAGUUGCUCCAUUUUUCCUUUGUUGAGACAUAAUAUCAGCAUCUACAUGGCUUUAUCUAGGAGUUUGUUUGACAACACACUUCCUACAAUUCUUGAUAAGCGUUUUCCGGAGAUAGAACAACUCUCGGAGGAACAGAGGAGCGCUUUGUUUGGUAUUCUAAGCCGUGAGGAUGUCUUCGCCAUAUUGCCGACUGGACAUGGCAAAUCCAUCAUAUUUCAACUCUUGGUGGACUUUUGCAAGGAACUUAAUCUUCGGGAACUUCCUUAUCCAAUCAAAGGAAUAAUUUUGGUCGUUUGUCCGAUCAAUUUGCUAGUCGAUUCACAUAUUCGAAGUUUGGAGUCGCGUGGAAUAUCUGCAACUCGCUUGACUGGAGAUGUCGACGAGAAGCGAAUUCUACGCGGUGAUUACUCCUAUGUAUUUGCCAGCCCCGAGUCGUUACUUCAGAAUGAAAAGUGGCGAAAAAUGCCCCAAAGCGACGAAUACCAAAAAAACGUCUUUGCUGUUGUCACCAACGAAGCCCACAUCAUACCCAAAUGGGGGUUUAAAACUGAAAAGCAUUCUCAUUCCACCAAGAAGCAGUAUAUUGCUGCUUUCAGGGAAUGCUUUUCAAGACUUGGAGAACUGCGCUCUUUAUUAAGAAAAGAGGUGCCGUUCCUAGCCCUGACUGCAACUGCUAAUCUGAAGACAAGAGAAGCUAUUAAAGAAAGCCUUUGUGUAUGCAAACAAUGUCUGGAAAUCUUUAAAAGCCCAAACAGAGAAAACAUCUACCUGCACAAGGAAAGGGUGAAGACAAACAUUGGCCAGUCCUUCAAGUGGUUGAUUGAUAAAAUUAAAGAGAAAAAUGUCACACUGGAAAAAACUAUUAUUUACUGCAAGUCAAUCAAAGACUGUGGGGGGUUAUUUACAUUCUUUAACAAUGAGCUUGGAGGUAAUGCAUUUGCGAGUGGUUGUGAGCAUUCCUCAAAGAACCUGAUCUUUUCGAUGUUCCACCAUUCCACUUUAGAAAAGAAUCAGAAAAGAACUCCUGAAUCAUUUCAUGAUGAAGAAGGCAUUUGUAGACUUGUCUUCGCAACAAAUGCUCUUGGCAUGGGAGUAAACUUUCCUGAUAUUCGGCAAAUCAUUCAUUAUGGACCACGAAGACAAAUGGAAGAGCUCGUUCAGCAAAUUGGUAGAGCUGGAAGAGAUGGCAAACCAGCCCUAGCCAUCCUUCUGUUCACUGGCCAUCACUUACAACAUUGCAACCAGUCUGUCAAAGACAUUUGCCGAUCUGACACAAAUUGUCUCAGGAGACAACUCCUCAAAGAAUUUGGUACAACUGAGCUAAAAAAUUAA